AAGUUUAGAAUUAAACAGGCUUCUUUUCCCCUCUUUUACAGGAAAAUGUCAGCUGCUGACGAGUUUUCGCUGGCGGAUGCUUUACCCGACAACUCCCCUGCCAAGAACGCCGCCUUGGGCACCACGAAACCUGCUCAGCAGCCCAGCCAGCCCCCACAAGCCUGGCCGGCUUCCAACCCCUGGAGCAGCCCCCCAAGCGCUCCCCCCACAGCCCCCUCCGGAUUGCCUCCCAGCACGUCUGCCUCCACCGUGCCGUUCGGACCUCCCCCCACAGGAAUGUAUCCUUCCCUGCCCCCCGGAGCCCCCGCUCCGUUCCCCCCUCCUCCUCCUCCCGGAUCCACCUGCCCUCCUCCCGGAGCUCCCUACCCACCCCCGGGGCCUGUCCCGCCAGGGCAGUAUCCUCCACCCAGCAUGCCCUUCCCAGAGCUUCCCAGGCCGUACGGUGGCCCAGCAGAGCCAGCUGCUCCCCCUGCUGGCGUUGGACCGUGGGGGUCCAUGCCCGCCGGGGGGUGGGGCCCUACAGUGGGGGGCCAGUAUCCCGCUCCUAGCAUGCCAUAUCCACCCCCGGGGCCAUAUUCCACUCCUACCCAGACACCAGGGGCCGCGCCGACAGUGCCGUGGGGUGCUGUCCCGCCAGGACCUUGGGGGCCUUCACCACCAGCCCCGUUUCCACCACCCACCGGAUCCUACCCGGCUCCCGGACUGUACCCAACACCACCCAAUCCUUACCAAGUGCCGCCAGCACCGGCCGGAGCUCCAUCCAUGCCCGGUGGGCCUCACCCCUACCGUUGAACUGGAGGCGGGCUAACGAAGUCCCUGGUCUCUGCCCGCACCUACUAUUUACGGACCUUGUAAGAGAAACUUUUGUUUGGUAACCUUUUUUCGGAGUCUCGGAAGAACACGCUCGCC